UGCGCUCCAGAAGGAAGGACGAGAAGCUGGUGCCAAAGAGGGGGGAGAAGUAUGUGGAGCAACAUGGCGAACUUUUAAUAAGCGGGGAAAAGAAAGGAAUCGGAGAGCGAGCGGGAGAGAGAGAGACAGAGCGAGAAAGAGAGUCGGAGCGGAGCCUGAGGAACUGGUGUCGAGAGUCGAUGGCGAGGUUCCCCUGCGCUUGGACGGUUUAGUGAGGCGAGAGCACAGAGAACAGCACCAUGGAGGCAGACAGCAAGAGGGAGAAGAGCUCCGUCUUUGAGGAAAGCCUAAUGCGCAGAAUCUCUGGGAGCAGCGGCGUGCACACUCUCAGCAAAGCUGCUUUCAUCGAGAAGGUCCGUGAGAGCAACGUGGCGUGCCAGAAUGGAGACUUCACCACUGGCGUCCAGCUCUACACCGAAGCCAUUGCAGCUGACCCUCAGAACUGCAUUCUGUACAGCAACCGAUCGGCCGUCCUGGUGAAACUGAACGAGUAUGAGAAAGCUCUGGACGAUGCUGUCAAAGCACGGCUCUUAAACCCAAAGUGGUCAAAGGCAUACUUCCGACAGGGUGUUGCUCUCCAGUAUCUCGGCCGCCAUGCAGAUGCGCUGGCUGCAUUUGCGUCAGGACUGGCUCAAGACCCAAAGAGCUUGCAGCUGCUGGUUGGGAUGGUGGAAGCCGCCAUGAAGUCCCCAUUACGAGAAUCGCUGGAACCAACCUAUCAGAAGCUACAGAAAAUGAAGCUGGACAAAAGCCCAUUUGUGGUCGUAUCUGUCAUUGGCCAGGAGCUUCUGACAGCGGGACACCACAGUGCCUCUGUAGUAGUUCUGGAGGCUGCCUUGAAAAUUGGAACGUGCAGCUUGAAACUUCGUGGGUCAGUGUUCUCUGCCCUAAGCAGUGCUUACUGGGCUUUAGGGAAUACAGAGAAGAGUAUUGGCUACAUGCAGCAGGACUUCGAUGUAGCCAAGACUCUAGGUGACCACACGGGCGAGUGUCGGGCCCAUGGUAACCUGGGAUCGGCAUUCUUCUCCAGUGGCAACUACCGAGAAGCCCUAAACAACCAUCGUCUCCAGCUAGUGCUGGCUAUGAAGCUAAAAGAUCGCGAGGCAGCCUCUUCAGCAUUGAGCAGCCUGGGUCAUGUCUACACGGCCAUUGGAGACUACCCAAAUGCACUGGCCAGUCACAAACAGUGUGUUCUUCUAGCUAAACAAUCCAAAGACGAACUCUCAGAAGCCAGAGAACUAGGCAAUAUGGGAGCUGUUUACAUAGCAAUGGGCGACUUUGAAAAUGCAGUAGAGUGCCAUGAGCAGCAUCUCAGAAUUGCGAAGGAAUUGGGCAACAAGCGAGAGGAAGCACGGGCCUACAGCAACCUCGGCAGCGCCUAUCAUUACAGGAGAAACUUUGACAAAGCAAUGUCCUACCACAACCACGUGCUGGAGCUAGCACAGGAGUUAGGCGAGAAGGCCAUCGAGAUGAGAGCGUACGCGGGGUUGGGGCACGCAGCUCGCUGCAUGCAGGAUUUGGAGAGAGCGAAGCAGUAUCACGAACAGCAGCUGAGCAUCGCAGAGAACCAGAAGGACCGUGCGGCAGAGGGACGAGCUUCCUCCAACCUCGGUAUAAUCCACCAGAUGAAAGGAGACUAUGAAAGUGCACUGAAACUCCACAAGACUCACCUCUCCAUUGCUCAGGAGCUCAAUGACUACGCCGCGCAGGGAAGAGCUUAUGGAAAUAUGGGGAAUGCGUAUAACGCACUGGGCUCGUAUGACCAGGCAGUGAAGUACCACCGUCAAGAACUACAGAUUUCCAUGGAAGUAAAUGAUCGGGCAUCACAGGCAUCGACCCAUGGCAACCUUGCUGUUGCCUACCAGGCCCUGGGUGCCCAUGAUAGAGCCUUGCAACAUUACCAAAGCCAUCUGAACAUAGCACGGGAGCUGCGGGAUAUACAAAGUGAGGCCCGUGCGCUUAGCAACCUGGGCAACUUCCACUGCUCAAGAGGAGAGUUCGUUCAAGCUGUUCCAUACUACGAACAGUAUUUACGCUUGUCCCCUGACUUACAAGAUAUGGAAGGCGAGGGGAAAGUGUGUCAUAACCUUGGCUACGCACAUUAUUGUCUUGGAAGCUACCAGGAGGCUGUAAAGUACUACGAACAAGAUUUAGCUCUAGCCAAGGACUUGCAUGAUAAACUUAGCCAGGCAAAGGCUUACUGCAACUUGGGCCUGGCAUUUAAGGCCCUUACCAACUAUACUAAAGCAGAAGAAUGUCAGAAAUAUGUUCUAUCAUUAGCCCAAUCUCUCAACAAUCCUCAAGCCAAAUUUCGAGCCUUGGGCAAUCUGGGUGAUAUUUUAGUGUGCAAGAAAGACGUGAAUGGCGCAGUUAAGUUCUAUGAACAGCAGCUGACCUUGGCUCAUCAGGUUAAAGAUCGGAAACUUGAAGCCUCAGCUUAUGCAGCUCUGGGUACUGCCUACCGACUAAUACAGAAAUACGACAAAGCACUGGGAUAUCACACACAAGAGCUUGAGGUCUAUCAAGAACUGGGUGAUUUGCUGGGAGAAUGCAAGGCACAUGGGCACCUCGCAGCAGUCUACAUGGCCCUUGGCAAAUACACCAUGGCUUUCAAAUGUUAUGAAGAGCAGCUGGAUUUGGGGCAGAAGCUGAAAAAUCCCAACAUUGAGGCACAAGUCUAUGGCAACAUGGGGAUCACCAAGAUGAACAUGAAUGUCAUGGAGGAUGCAAUCGGCUACUUUGAGCAGCAGCUGGCGACCCUGCAGCAGCUGAGCGGUAAUGAUGCCGUGUUGGACAGAGGGCAUGCUUAUGGAAACUUGGGAGAUUGCUACGAGGCAUUAGGAGAUUAUGAGGAAACUGUCAAAUAUCACGAACAAUUCUUAUCGGUGGCACAGAGCCUCAAUCGGAUGCAGGAGCAAGCCAAGGCCUAUCGGGGGCUUGGAAAUGGACAUCGGGCAAUGGGGAACCUGCAGCAAGCUCUUGUGUGCUUUGAAAAGAGACUGGUCGUAGCUCAUGAACUUGGAGAGUCGUCCAACAAAGCCCAGGCAUAUGGAGAACUUGGAAGCCUACACAGCCAGCUAGGAAACUACGAGCAGGCAAUUUCUUGCCUUGAGCGACAACUAAACAUCGCCCGCGAAAUGAAAAAUCGAAUCUUGGAAAGCGAUGCGGCCUGUGGCCUUGGCGGAGUUUACCAACAGAUGGCAGAAUAUGAAACAUCACUGCAGUACCACCAGCUUGAUUUGGAGAUUGCAGAGGAAACUAAUAACCCUACAUGUCAGGGCCGUGCUUAUGGUAACCUGGGAUUGACCUAUGAAUCGUUGGGAAAUUAUGAACGAGCUGUGAUGUAUCAAGAACAGCAUCUAAGCAUAGCUGCUCAAAUGAAUGACCUGGUGGCUAAAACUAUUGCGUACAGCAGCUUGGGACGGACACAUCACGCCCUACAGAACUACUCACAGGCAGUCAUGUAUUUACAGGAAGGUUUGAGACUUGCAGAGCAGCUCGGUCGGAGAGAAGAUGAGGCCAAAAUCAGACAUCGCUUGGGACUUUCAUUGUGGGCUAGCAGGAACCUGGAAGAGGCACAACACCAGCUUUAUAGAGCAUCUGCUUUAUUUGAAAACAUUCGCCAUGAAGCACAGCACAGCACUGAUUAUAAACUUUCACUCUUCGACCUCCAGACAUCCUCCUAUCAAGCGCUACAGCGAGUUUUGGUCAGCCUGGGUCGUCAUGAUGAGGCCUUAGCAGUGGCAGAGAGGGGAAGAACAAGGGCUUUUGCUGACCUUUUGGUAGAAAGGCAAACUGGCCAGCAAGUGUCAGACUCACUGACUCCAGUCACCAUUGACCAGAUUCUGGAAGCCAUCAAUAAUCAACGCAGUCUGGUACUGUACUAUUCCCUGGCCGCUGGGUACCUCUACAGCUGGUUACUGGCACCAGGAGCAGGGAUAUUAAAAUUUCAUGAAUGCUAUUUGGGCGAUGGUCUGGCAGAAAACAACAAUGAUUUUAAUGAAACCAGCAGCAUCAACCUGCAGACAUCCAGUUUCUCCACUCUCGAGCAGUACGUGACCAAUGUUCGUGAAGCACUUGGCAUCGAUUCCUACUACACCAGUAGGAUGUGCUCGAACAGCGAAACAGAGAGCGAGGCUGGAGAUCUUCUUGAUCAGCAGUUCGAAGAGAUAAACAAUAAACUGACAUCCAUUACUGAUCCAACAGGAUUCCUCAGAAUGGUCAGCAGGAAUAACCUCUUCAAUAGAAGCUGCCAAAGUAUGAGCAGCCUGUUCAGCAGCAAUACAUCGAGUCUUCAAGAUUCCACCUUGUCCCUUCCGCGAAAACAGAGCUCUUCCAAUAAGCAGCCUCUUCGUGCCCUCUACGACCUUCUCAUCUCACCUAUGGAAGGGGGAUUAAUGCACUCCAAUGGACCUGUUGGCCGACACCGUCAGCUUGUGUUAGUCCUGGAAGGGGAGCUCUACCUCAUUCCCUUCGCUCUGCUGAAAGGAAGCUCCUCUAAUGAGUACCUCUAUGAACGCUUCAGUAUCAUUGCUGUUCCCUCAAUCCGGGCCCUUCAAGCAAGCCCCAGGUCCCACCUUCGGAAGGGCGUCUCUCUCUGCAGCUCUUCCACCUCGAUGGCAGCGGUGAUAGGUAAUCCCAAACUCCCCUCGGCCGUUAUGGACCGCUGGCUCUGGGGACCGAUGCCGUCGGCUGAGGAGGAGGCCUACAUGGUUUCGGAGCUGCUUGGCUGCCAGCCCCUGGUUAACAGUGCCGCGACCAAGGAGAGAGUGAUGAGCGUGCUCAGCCAGGCCGAGUGCAUCCAUUUCGCCACCCACAUCUCCUGGAAACUUGCCGCCCUGGUCCUGACACCGAACAAUGAAGGAAGCACCAUCAGUGGGAAGAGUUCUUUGGGGAACAGUUACACCAUUCCGGAAUCGCUGAGAGUGCCGGAUGAUGCGAGUGACGUGGAGAGCAUAACUGACAGUCCCCCCCUGCAAGAGUUCUUACUGACAGCUGCUGAUAUAUUGGACUUGCACCUCCCAGUUAAGCUCGUCGUGCUUGGCUCCUACCAGGAAUCUAACAAUAAAGUUACAGCAGACGGCAUCAUUGGUCUGACGCGAGCUUUUCUAGCCGCCGGGGCGCAGUGUGUCUUGGUUUCACUUUGGCCCGUGCCCGUGGCUGCAUCCAAGAUGUUCGUGCACACCUUCUACUCCUCUCUGCUCAACGGAAUGAAAUCCAGCGUGGCUCUGGGAGAAGCCAUGAAGAUUGUCCAGAGCAGCAAGCAGUUUGCGCAUCCGUCAAACUGGGCAGGAUUCACGCUGAUUGGAAAUGAUGUUAAAUUGAACAGUCCCUCAUCUCUCAUUGGUCAGGCUCUGUCUGAAAUCCUUCAGCAUCCUGAUCGCGCCCGAGACGCCUUGCGUGUCCUGCUGCACCUGGUGGAGAAGUCACUCCAGCGGAUACAGAAUGGUCAGCGGAACUCUAUGUACACAUCCCAGCACAGUGUGGAGAACAAAGUGGGUGGUGUGCCGGGUUGGCAGUCGCUUCUCACUGCCGUAGGAUUCCGGCUCGAUCCUCCAGCCAGCGGGCUUCCUGCAGCCGUCUUCUUUCCAGUCUCUGAUCCUGGAGAUCGACUUCAGCAGUGCAGCACCACGCUCCAGUCGCUUCUAGGGUUGCCCCAUGCCGCUCUCCAGGCUCUCUGCAAACUUAUCUCAGCUUCGGAGACAGGAGAACAGCUCAUUAAUCGGGCUGUAAAAAAUGUGGUUGGAAUGCUCCAUCAAGUCCUUGUUCAACUUCAGACGGGGGAGAAAGACCAAGAUUUUUCUUCAGCACCUAUUCAACUGUCCAUAAGUGUGCAGCUCUGGCGACUGCCAGGAUGUCAUGAGUUCCUGGCUGCCUUAGGGUUUGAUCUGUGUGAGGUGGGCCAAGAGGAAGUGGUGCUGAAAACCGGGAAGCAGGCGAACAGAAAGACCAUGCACUUUGCUCUCCAGUCUCUUCUUGCUCUGUUCGAUUCCACAGAACUGCCUAAGAGACUCAGCCUUGACAGCUCUUCAUCGCUGGAAUCUCUCUCCUCUUCUCAGUCGGUUUCCAAUCCAACAGGACAGAUGAACCCACCAUUUUCUCCCACAUACGGGGAUUCCAUGGCUUCAGAUGCCAUCUCUGUGUACAGCCUCAGUUCUAUUGCCUCCUCCAUGAGCUUUGCUUCCAAAACAGACAUCACAGGCGAAGGAAUGCUUCAGAGAGCUCGGCAGGACUACGAGAGGCCCAAGAACAUUUACCCACACAAGGCGACAAUGUUAGCAAGUCGGUCUUCCCCACAGACGAGCAACACCAGUAGAGAUGAGGAAGAGUACGAUGGAUUUUCCAUUAUUAGCAGCGAGCCUUUGAGUGUUUAUACUGAUACUGUCAAGGUGUCAGCCUCACCAGACAAAGAGAGGACUACAGAACACAGCCAUAACCUUGGAGAUAGGCACACACUCAAAGGUAAUACAAGUGCUUCUAGCUCUCCAGCUAAAAUGACGCUCAUCCCAAGUCCCAACUCACCAUUUCAGAAAGUAGAAUCCAGAAAUAAACUUCCAAAUUCAGAUACUGGAGAAUCCGAUCAGUCCAGCACAGAGACAGACAGCACGGUGAAAUCCCAAGAGGAGAAAGUGACCAAACUUAAUCCUCAGGAGCUGGCGCAGAAAAUCUUGGAGGAGACGCAAAGCCACUUGCUUGCUGUCGAGCGACUUUAUCAGAGUAGUGGGCCUGUUAACCAGCUGGGUCCUGCUGACGUUGACAGUGGUGUAGCCAGCCAUCAUGGCACUUCAGUUUUUAAAUCUUCAGAUACGAGCGCAUUCAGCAAGCCACUGAACAGUGCUGGGCAGAAAAAGCAGUCUUCUCCAAUUACCGCAAGACCAAAGCCUCCAACAAGGAGUUCGUCGCUGCAGAAAGUGAACUCGGAAAACAACACGCCUACCAGUGAUAUCUCCGAGGCAGGGCUGUCAGCUGGAGAUUCCUACUCCAAAGGGAGCAACAGUAGACAAACCACUGCGCCAUCUUCACCUGUUGUGGAUUUACGUCAGUCACCUGGUUCCUCAACCGAUCAGUCUCCGAUCAAGAUCAAAUACCCCAGCUCCCCGUACAGUGCCCACAUUUCCAGAUCUCCGGGUUCAGGCCAGCAGUCUCCAGCUGGGAGUAACCCUUCUCCUGCCCUCUCGUACUCAUCAGCAGGCUCGGCCCGCUCGAGCCCAGCUGACAUUCCAGACCUGAGUAAAUUGAAAAUGACUGCCAUCGACGAAAAGGUGAAGGCCGUCCAUAACCUCAAAACCUUUUGGACUAGUGCGACGCAGUCUCCGUCCAGGCCCGUGCGAGCUCUGCGUUCCAAUCCUGCUCUCGCGGGUUCCAAAGCUGAUGCUUUAAGUUAUUUGAAUCUCUCACCAGCCAGGCGCGCCAAGAAGGAGGAGAAGGAGGAUAAGUUUGAACUGAAGGAAUUUUCCAAGAUUCCCUACGCAGACAAGAAAACCCAGAAUGGAAGUGGUGGUUGCCAAGAGACCAGUAAACCUGCAGAAUCAAUACAGCCAGCCAACAACAUUCAGAGGGAAGUGCGCCCGUUGAGGCUUCCAUCUGGGAAUGGUUAUAAAUUCUUGUCUCCUCGGAAGUUUCUUCCAUCCUCAAAGUGCUGAAACAACUUGAACCAGCCAUCUGAUUUUUUUCCAUUGCCAUGUGACCUCGUGGGACUAGCAUGUACAAGCCAAUUGUGUCGCACAGGCGCUGUUUGUAAACUGAACUUUUGUGUUGCGUGAACAGUACUAAAUAUUUUAUACUGUUAAAGAAAGAAAAAGCAAAAAAAAACUACUGUGUACAAAUGUCAUAUUUUUAUUGAAUCCAGAAUGGCAUUUUGCCUUGUUUCUUAGUCACUUAAUGGUUGAUAUUGGUUUAUAAAUGUCAAAAAUCACAUUGGAAUGUCAUCCACAGUCAUAGUAUUUGUUGGAAAUACAAAAUAAACUAGGCUUGGCAGUUUUAGGUUGCACCCAUUUUUUUAUUAAUAGUGAUCUCUUUUUAAAUUAGUGCAUGUUAUGUACUAUUUCUGUGCAUUUCAGACGUGUCUUUAGCCAUUCUUACACCAGAAUGGCUGAACAAUUAUAAAUCCCAGCCAUAUCACAGAAUGUCCCCUGAAGACUGCAAAACAGAAUUGCUUGACUACUUUAUGGCUGGGCCAGCAGGGGGCAGAGGCGAGCUUUUAAGUCACUGCAAAAGAAUCAACCCAAAUUGGACUGCCUCAUCCGGACUUGAUUACUUGCAAAAAGAUUCUUCGUGUAUUAGUAAUAACAGCCUCCUGUCAGUCUCCCAUAUCUAUCUUAACCAGCCCUCGAUAGUUUAUCCAUUCCUGCACUUCUCACCGUGCUAAUAUGCAUUAUACAAAGCUUCCUUAUUGCAAGUUCUUGGCUUGGGAGAGGGUUGCUUGAGAUUGUUUUGUUCCCAGUGAACUAUUGAAACAUGAACUACCUACAUAUGACCAUAACAUUUCAGAUGCCCAUUCUGGGUUGGAAUGCAAAUGGUGGAAGAGCCAUCCAGUUUUCCAACAAAAUGGUCUGUACUUAUAAUCAUAAAUAGAUUUUAUACGAUCCAAAAUGAUGGCAGUGUUGAAUGAUUUCCAUGAAUUAUUUUUAAUAGCCAAGCAAACCUCAGAAUCCCACUGAUGAUCGGGCCCUCUUGCCCAGAGCUGCAGUACAUUUCAUAGCCACGUCUUUUCACUGAAUUGGAUUUGCAAAUUAGCCAAUUUAAAACUUCACUCUGCUUUGCAGAUUUCCUCAGCAGAUUACUAUUUGGAGAAAGUGCUAUCAGAUUGAAGAGAAGCUUUAGAGAACUUGUGUGAAAUUGCAUUUAAUCCAAUCAAGGCGGGAAGAAAAGAAUAAGAUCACCUAAAACUUUCAAGCCUGUAAAUAUUUGUGUGUCUGUUAAAAAGAAGCUCUUUAUGGUUGUUGCAUAGAAUUCUAGGGAACAAAAAUGUCAUAAUAUGAAUUCUGAAGUAAGUAAUGAAAAAAAAAAAUUCUGAUGGGAGUGGCAACCAGAGAGUUACUGCUGUGUUUAUUCCAUGUUGUGGCAAGUUUACUGUUUUAUUGUGUGUUCAGUAGUUAUUACCAGAGCCUUUCCAUGCAGCUGUAUCUUAUGUACUGUACACCAGAGGGCGGCAAUGUAGUAUUUUUGUCAGCUUGUCUCAUCAUUCCAGCAACAAUCCACUACGCUUGAUGCCUCUUCAGUGAGUUUGCAAUGAUGAUAUUUUCUUUGAUCCCUUCUUUUUUUUAAUUUCUUUUGUAAAAAGUUCUAUUGGAUGCACUUGUUAUUUAUGUUCUGUGGAAGCUCUAUGUAUGCAAACCCAUUGAGUAUCGCCAGUGUCUUCCUGACCCUGAGCUGUGCUUCUUGGUCUCGCUCACUUUUCUUGCAAAGUUACAUCUCUAUGGUAUUGUUUGGCUCUGUCCAGAGCUCGCGCCCAUCUCUGAAACUGGCGUGCAUAUCUCCAGAGUAAAUCUUCCCCGAUUAUUCAUUGGCCUCUUGCACCCGAUUCUAGCUUGGUACAAAAUCUCAGAUGCCUCUAUUACCACCGGCCCCACCUCCACUUUGUUAUGGAGUCCACUGCUCACUCGGUGCCCAAUUUCAAACUCCCAGGAUAGUCCUACCCAUUCCUGCAGUUCUAGGCCUCAGGUAUCUCGCUGCUCUUCUGACAGUGUGGCUCCAUUUCCUUCACCAUUGGUGGCAGUGCCCUGUAGUUACGUGCCCAUUGUUCACAUUUAAUAAAUCUCCUUCCCUGUAUCGUUCAACGACUCUUGAAAAUCUACCUCUUUAAUCGCGCAUUCUUUCAUCUCCCAAAACUAACUUGCAUCUCUUCCCCUAAGCACAGGAGAUUCUGAGAAACACACACAAAAUGCUGGAGGAACUUAGCAAGUCAGGCAGCAUCUAUGGAGGGGAAUAGACAGUUCACAUUUCGGGCCAAGACCCUUCAUCAGGACCUCCUCCUUAACUAUUUCUCUUCUUGCUGCCAACACCCUACUCAGUACCCUGCCUUUUCUGAAGUGCCUUGGGACAUUUUGUUACAAUACCGGUGCUAUCUGUUGACUGCCUUUGUUACUGGAUUUUUAAAUAAUGAGAAAUAUCCUUAAUGGACAAGAUUCCAUUCAAAGUGUGUUUGUACUGUUGUGUUGUAUUGCACUGAUAGCAGUUCCCAGUAUAAAAUAUUCAUACUCCCGUUUUCCAGAGGCAGAUGGGGGUUCCAGACUUAUUGUUGAAACUUACACUUCUGUGGGUCCUAGAAUAUCCUUUCGGCAUUACUCUUAACAGGAUUGUGCAAUGAAGCAGAUUGUAAAUGCGUCUUCUUUUCUGUUCAAAUAUGAGGAAUGGUGAGAAAGUUCUACAUGCCAACCUGCUACUUGUUUUCUCCCUGUACCAGUAGACACAAUUAUAAGACCUGUCUCAAUCUGCUACUCUGUGUCCGUGUGCUUUUCCAAGGUUAAUUACUUGGAGAAAAGACCUUCUGUGGGCAGGAAAACAGCUUUCAGUGUCAGAAUUGUAAGAUGCCUGUUACUGCAUUUUCAAUGUAGGAAGGACAAUUUGUUUAUCUCCAAUGUGACUUACCUUGAAAUGUUAAUAAGCAUCCAUAUUAACAAUUCAGGACAGGACACACAGGAAAAACAACUCAUUUUACCAGCCGCCAUUCCAGUUUUCACUUAGUUGGAAGCAUGAAUGCUGGAAAAUGGUGAGAUGUUGCAUCUUGUUCAGCCCCCAUCAGUUGUCCUGAAAGCAGUCCCCUCGUGGUCUGCCAAUUUCUUUCCUUGGGGUGAGAAUGUUAGGUGUUUAAGGUGACCACAGAACGUAAUCACAUGUGUUUGCUCUGAGGAGUUGCUGGAGGUUUCAUCCAGGCAGGACCAAGGUAGACAAAAUUAUGAAGGGUAUAGAUAGGGUAAAUGCAAGCAGGCUUUUUCCACUGAGGUUGGGUGGGACUACAACUAGAGGUCAUGGGUGAAGUGUGAAAGGGGAAAAAUUUAAGGGGAACAUGAGGGGAAACUUUUUCACUCAGAGGGCCAUGAGGAUGUGGAACGAGCAUCAGUGUAAAUGGUGCAUGCAGGCUCAAUUUCAAAAUUUUAAGAGAAGUUUGGAUAGGUACAUGGAUGGGAGGGGUAUGGAGGGCUAUGGUCCCAGUACAAGUCGAUAGGAUAGGUAGUUUAAAUGUCUUGGCAUGGACUAGAUGGGCUGAAGGGCCACUUUCUGUGCUGUACUUCUCUAUGACUCUAAAUACCAUUUUGUUCAGAUAGGUGGAAAAGAUCCUUGGAACAUCCUCCUGGUGUCCCAGCAAACCCAUACAGACCAUGCUGUGCACAAACUGGGCGCCUUCUAUAAUGUCCUAACAAAAUAACACAUAAGAGGUAAUCCAUUAGUAUUUUGGAAGAUGCUGCUUUGAUUCAGUCCUCCUCCACCGUAUUCCUUCAUGCAUUUAAAUAGAUAGGAGGAUUGUACUUAAAGUGUAGAAUAACAAGUUGUUGUAGUGGAGGCAUGAACUGCUUUAUGUUUACUGUAUAUGCUAGCUCUUCUGUAUUGCUCAUCUGGUCCCAUGUUUUGUGCAGGACUCUUUCUGAGUUUUGUUUCUGAGAUGAAUAUUCUUGUUUGUUCCUAAUAGCAUCUUAUGUGAAUUUACAGAAUAUUGGCACAAGCGAUUCUGCAGAUGCUGGACAUUCAGUGUAACACACACAAAAUGCCAGAGCAGGGGUUCCUAAACAUUUUUAUGCCAUGGACCCCUGCCGCUAAUCAAUUGGGAACCCCUGUACUAGAGAAACUCAGCAGGUCAGGCAACAUCUAUGGAAAGGAAUAAAUAGCUGACAUUGUGGGCCAAGACCCUUCACUGGGACUGUUGACUCUUUUCUCUUUGUUAUAGAUAAGGGGUUCUCAACCUUUUUAUGCCAGGACCAAUCCCAUUAAGCAAGGGUCCAUUUACCCCAGAUUGGGAACCCCUGUCUUAGAUGCUACCUGACCUGCUGACUUUCUCCAGUAUUUUGUGUGUGUUACACAGAGUAUUGAAUGGAGUUUACUCUUGUGUUGGCUUAAAGAACCGUUUCUCCAAAUUGUGGCUUGAAGCCGGGAGUCAGUUAUACUUACAGAGCCUGGCUCCACAUCUGGUUGAUUCAUAGCCUUUGAAUUAACCAGAUUCAGGGUCCCUGUUUUCAGAAUAUAGAAAGCCAAAUCCAGAGAUGCAUUCAGGCACUACGGGAAGAUGUGUGAAACGAUUGCAUUUCCCGAGCCUAGUGAUGGAAUCAUGCCAAGAAUCAGAGUCCUUAGGUGUGCAGGGAGAACUGGAACGUGUGAGUCAGAGAGUACUACAGCACAGCAGCUGGUCCUUCAGCCCAUCUAGUCUGUACUGAGCUAUAAUUCUGCUUAUUCCCAUUGACCUGUAUUUGGACCAUAGCCCUCCAUAUUCCUUCCAUCCAAACUCCCCUUCAAUGUUGAAAUCAAACGGCAUCCGCCACUUCCACUGGCAGAUCGUUCCGCUCGUUCCACGUUCUGCAAGUGAAGGCAUUUCCCCUCAUGUUCACCUUAAACAUUUCACCUUUCACCCUUAACCCAUGACCUCUAAUUCUAGUAUCACUUCCACAUCCACUUCGCGAGCAGGGAGAGCUGGAGCCUGUGCAAACACUAUAUGCGAACGUGGAGUCCCAUGUGUUUGUGUUUCAACCAACGCAGUGACCAGAGGCUGCAUACUGAUCCCGGGAUGCUGGACUUGGCUAUGUGUGUUAUCCAUACACACAGAAAACCAUGUCCUUAGGCAGUAAGGCAUAAGAGGCCAUUCUGCCUAUCGAGUCUGGCUCCAUCGUUCCAUCAUGGCUGAUUAAUUCUCCCUCUCAACCCCGUUCUUCUACCUUCUCCCCCUAACCUUUGACACCCUUACUAUUCAAGAACCUAUCAACCUCUAUUUGGCCUCCACAGUCAACUGUGGCAAUGAAUUCCACAUGCGUAUCAUCCUUUGGCAAAAGAACUUCCUCUUCACCUUUAUUCUAAUGAGAUGUCCUAUUCUGAGGCUGUGCCCUCUGGUCCUAGACUGCCCCACUAUAGGAAAUGCCCGCCCCACAUCCACCCUCCCGAGGCCUUUCAAUAUUUAAUCAGUUUCAGUGAGAUCACCCCCCCCCCAAUUCUUCUAAACUCCAGCAAGUACAGGCCCAGAGCCAUCAAACGCUCCUCAUAUGUUAACCCUUUCAUUCCUUGGGAACCCUGGCACUCAGUUGAACUAGAGUUCGUGCAUAGCUGUCAAAUCAUAGGUACAGGUUGUUUAUCACACUGAUGAGGUAAGGUACUGAAUCAUAUAAUAAAUAUGGUAGUUCAAUCCAGGUUUCCUUUGCUCUGAUGUGACACUCCAGAGAAAGUUUUAGUGCGGGUGUAUUGAAAAUCUCACUAUAUCAACGUUUCCUGAACUUGUACUCCAACUAGUAGGCAAUCAUUCCAUUCUGUAUCUGUGUAAGUUUCUGGAUGAACCAGUUCUACAUAUUAGUGUUGAGUUGAGUCCCAUAUCUUAAAAGUCAAACUCUAAGAAAACUUUUUCUAUGGGAUGUUAACUUAUUGGAUGCAUUACAAGUGUUAAAAUCAAUAUCUCUUAUUUAGCCGGAACAAUGGAUACACAGUCAGUGGCCACUUUAUUAGGUGAAGACAUGGAACCUGCUGCUGUAGUCCAUCCAUUUCGAGGUUCAAUGUGUUGUGCAUUCAGAGAUGCUGUUCUACACACAACUCUUGUAACGUGGUCUUCCUGUCAGCUUGAGCCAUUUUGGCUAUUUUCCUCUGACCUCUCUCAUUGACAAAGUGUUUUCACCUUCAGAACUCCUCUAGAGACCAUUGUAUGUGAAAAUCCUAGGAGUUCAUCAGUGCCUGAGAUACUCAAACCACCCUUUCUGGCACCAACAAUCAUUCCAUGAUCACCGUCAAAUUUCUUCGCCAUUCUGAUAUAUGGUCUGAACAACUGAACCUCUUGACCAUGUCUGGAUGCUUUUAUGCAUUGGGUUGCUGCUACAGGAUUGGCUGAUUAGAUAUUUUCGUUAACAAGCUGGUGUACAGAUGUACCUAAUAAAGUGGCCACUGAGUGUAUCUUUCCCACGUGGGCAAACAAAAGUCUGAAAAAAACUGAUCUUAAGCCAGCAACAGUUUCUACAGCUUUUUAACUAAGAAAAAUGCAUUAUACAUUUAUGUAAAUUACAGAGUAAAGAGAGUUCAUGGAUCCUAUACCUUAUUCUGGUAACAACUUGAGUUAAUUCCGAGGAGGUUACAAUUGGACUCAUACUGAUUAUUGUUCUCUUUCAAUCCAUGGUUCUGGUUCUGCUGCAGAACAGCAGGGGACACGCUUUGAAACGUCUUGUGAAUAAUAUGUAUUGGUGAUGAUACAUGAUUCCAGCCUGCUAACUGAUUCCUGCCCUGAGCAUACUUUGAAAGCAGUACCACCCUUUCAUUUCUUGUAGAGUUGGUGAUUGAAGAUGCCAUUCUUCAGUGAGAUAUGUUUUUGGUCUUUUUGUGAGUGUUGUAAACUUAGAUUAUAAGAGGACUUCAUGUGCAUAGAAUGAGACACUUCCUGAUACUUAGUCCAAACCUGUGGUUCUUUACAACUGGCCAAUCAAUUUGCGUAUUUCUGUAAAGGUUUCUUUUGGAAUUUGUAGCUUCAUGAAAUGCCAGCGCUCAAGAUAUGCAGUCAUAUUGCCCAGGACACAUCAUGACUUGUUCAAAUUUCAGCCCAGAUUUUCACCUAUAACAAUAACAAUCCUUUCAGAAAUGUGAGCUCAAACUCAUCUUCGAGCUAUUUUAGAAUAUGAGUAAGCCCAUCUAAAAUUAGUCACGCUUGCAUUAUUUCAGUUCCUCAAGAAUCUUUUGUAAGCACAUUCCAGGAAUGUCAGUGUGUGUUUAAACUUGUUUUUUUUUCUAGCAUUAAGCAAUAUACUCAUUUGGCAAUAACUCAACCACCAUUCAGAAUGAAAACUGGGAAUACUGGAGAUGUUCCACUCUAGCAGCAUCCGCAGAGAAAGAAACAAGGUUAACUUCCUAGGUUUGUGAUCUUUUGUCACACUUUGGCGUUGGAGUCAUGAAGGUUGUAAACACAAAAAGUUAACAGAUUGCUAGGAUGUGGAGCAACAAACAAUCGGCUGGAGGGACUCAAUGGGUUAGGCUGUAUCUAUGGGAAAGCUUCUGCCUGAACUGUCGACAGUCCCUUCUCUCCCUCAGGUGCUGCUCUGCCCACUGAGUUCCUCCAGCAGAUUGCUUCCUUCUUCUCCCAGAGGUUAACUCUGCUUCUCUUUCCAAACAUGCCACUUGACCGGUUGAGUAUCUCAAACAUUUCAUGCCCUAAUUUCAGAUUUGCACCAAAUGCAGUGUUUUGCUUUGAGUGUAGUUCUGGAACUAGGCUCAAAUUUGUUAUCAAACAAGUCAAAGCUGGACAUCUUCUCCUAACUGAUUGCACCAGCUUCAAUCUACCUCUAACCCAGGGGUUCCCAAUCAGAGGUCCACAGACCCCUCAGUUGAUGGUAGGGGUCCAUGGCAUAAAGAAUGGUUGGGAACCGCUGGUCUAAUCCAAUGUGAGGCUACAAAUUCUGUAUCAAAACCUUCUUGUGUUGGAACUAAAAGGUGCUCACACCAGUCAUGGUGGGCUCAAAAAAUUAAAUGCGCACGUGCAGUGCUUUGACACAUUCACAGAGAGCUCUGUUCCUAACCUGGGGCCCACGGGCCUCUCUGUUAAGGUCUGUGGCAUUAAAAAGUUUGGGAACCUUCUGGUUGUAAAUAUCUUUGUUGCAGUCACAUAGCGGUCAGACUGCAGCAUAAAUCCAUCGAUCAAUCUCAAAUCAGAAAUUGGGCAGCACGGUAGCGCAAUGAUUAUCACAACGCUUUGCAGUCCAGGCAACCCAGAUUCAAUUCCCGCCGCUGCCUGUAAGGAGUUUAUACAUUCUCCCCGUGACCACGUGCUCUCCGGGUGCUCCUGUUUUCUCCCACGUUCCAAAGAUGUACCAGUUGAUAGGUUAAUUAGUCAUUGUAAAUUGUCCUAUGGUUAGGCUAGGAUUAAAAUCAGGAGUUUGCUGGGUGGUGCGGCUCGAAGGACCACAAAAACCUCUUCUGCACUGUACCUCAAUAAUAAUGAUAGCAAUGUGAUUGCAGCCUUGUUCAGAGUCCAUUCAGACAAUGGUGUGAUGAGCUCUCCUGGAUCCAGGCAAUCUUGCAUAUUUGGGAACUGGGUUGUAGUGUGGGGCAGUAACAGGAAAAGUGAUGACUGAAGUCAGAAAAAAGUACAUUUUAGGGCUAAAUAGUGAUUUGAAAUAUUAUCCUUAAUAUUCUUUCUGGAAGUCUUCUGUGGAAUGAAACCUAUCUGAUCGGUAAUUCAGCAGCCGGCAUUUGAAGCCUUGAAGACCUUUGAUACAUUAAUGUCAGUAGACAAAUCAACCAGCUCCUGUGAGGGCUUGUGCCUCCAGAGGUUCUAUUUUUAAUAUUAAUAAUGGUUAGAUUUGGUGGAGAACCCAAUUCCUUCCUUCCUAAUUAAAGGCAAGGAUUCAUUUAGUAAUUUCUGUGUUCUGGAAAACAAUCUAUCCAAGCUCCAACCACACCUCUUCUGGCUUAAAUCAACCGAAUUCACAGCUGGAAGAUGCAUGCUCACUAUUUCGCAAGGCCUACUGGUGGCCAAUUGACCCCAACCAUCCAAGCCUCUGCAGCAAUAGUAUUAAGAAAAUGUUUAAUUUGUAGUAAAUACAGUUAAUUUCCAAUGCCAAACUAAUGAUAAUUUCCCAUUGUUAAAUUUGAAAUAGAAAAUUUUGUCAAGAGCAAGUUCCUUACAUGUUAGCAGCUGUAAUAAAAGACGCAAGAGGUGCACUGUAAAUAGAUCAGCAUCUCAGAGAGAAAGCACGACAUAAUGUUUCAGUUUUAAGGAUUUUGUCAGUGAGCCCAGGGUUGCAGUUUGUAUUUCAGGGUUCAAGUUCCUGACCUGGUGUUGUCAGUGGAUAAUGUUUGACUUAAUAGCUUCUACAACUAUGGCUGCACAUCAGUUCAACCAUUGCAAAUUCUAAAGCAAUCACAACAGUUCCAUGGGUGCAAAACCACCCCAAUUUAAGAUUUGCUCUUUUCCUAUACAAACCGGAAAAAGAAAUAUCACAGUGAAUUAAAUGCUUUGUGCAUUUAAUUACAUGUUAACACUAAGGUGUUAAGAUUUUUUUUUGCAUCUUUUUUUUGAUUUUCUUUAUCACAUACAAGUAGAAAAGUCAGGCUGUUUCCUACUAAGUAAAGCUGAGUAAAACUUCGGAGCUAACCUUGGAGUUCUGGAAUGUAGAUAAUAAAAAGAACUUGUAAACUUGUAUAUAUCUGAUUUUAUUUGAAUGAGCUGGCUGUCGAAAACCCAUUCUCUUUCUUUUUAUAGUUUAUUUAUAUGUACAUAUCUCAGUUUUUUUUUACAGCAAACACACUUUAAUAGGUACCUUUUGAUUUGCUUCACAACUGACAAACUGCCGAGGAUGAAUAUUCAGAAGAACUAAUAAAGGUGAUCAUGACACUUUAUGCAAAGCAGACUUAACAGUGCUGACACAGUGCCCAAUCUUGUAAUACAGUAUACAGUAUAAAUUAUAAUAUGCAAUUAAAAUGUUACAGAAAUAGAAUUUGGGAUACAAAGUUAUUACUAAAUAAACACAUUGAAACUGGCUAAUUG